AUGUCCUUGCGAUUGAAGGCUUGUUUCUUGGCCUUCUCGAAUCUCGUCGCCGUGCAUGCCUGGCGUGUCAGCAACCCCCAGGUGCCCAGCUCCCUGGCAGCAACUGCCUCUGAAGCUGAAGAGCAGGGCGGCUUUUGCUCCAGGUCCAUGUACGUCCUCGGAUGUGGGCCGAGCCAGGUGUGCCAAAGCCAGGGCCGUCUCAGUUGUACCCUGAAGAGCGACGCGGACCUGGCGGAUGGUGCUGCCAAGGUCGCCAAGAGGCUGCUGGCGAAGGCCCAGGCCUUCAAUAGCAGCACCUGGGCCACUCGGGGUGCCAUCCAGUUCUCGAAGCUCACUGUGGCCUUGAAGGACUUGAAUGUCUAUGCUCAGGUUCUUUUGGAGCCAGGGGACAUGCCCCGGUUCAGGCAUGAGAUGCAGGCCGCCAAGGCAAGUGUGUCACAAGCGGCAUUGACCAUCCAUGAGGCUUGGAACAGGAACGGCCUUUUGAGGAGCCACAGUAAAUCGGUUUCUCUCCGGUCUUUCGUGGAGUAUGUGGAGGAGGUCUCCAAGGAGAACGCGAUGCUUGACGGGAGCAAGAUCAAGGACUUCUUGACCCGGUGUUUCCCAGGCAUUCCGACGGAAGCGCUCGCCGAGACUACGAAAGAUGUAGAAGCGGCGCUAAGCUCAGAGCCGGCAUGCCAACCCUCACCCAUGACAGAAGGCUGCAGCAAGGCAUUGCUGCAUGCCUACUGGGGCAAAGUGCUGUCCGGCGCACAGCAAUUUCUUGAGGGAGCUGAAGCUGAGCAGGCCGACGACGAUGAUGAGGGAUCUGGCCCAGACGGAUCUGGACUGUUGCAAGUUGAGAACGGUUUCGCUGGGCUCUUCUUCCUCAGCUUCAUGGUUUUCUUCCACAUGAUGAUCCCGUUCAUGAUUAUCACCCUACCGAUUUGGCUUCCUGGCCAGCUCGUGCUGGCUGCAUUCUUCGGCGUCCUCAAGCUGAUGGGCAUUGGACCCUGA